AAUAAUUCUUGACAAGACAACAUCCAAGUAGACUUUGACUACAUUUAAAAAUAUUUAAGUUGUGAAAGCGAAAUAUUUUAACGUACAAAAUUAGCAAUAUGAUUAUGGCUUAUGCAAGAUUGGCGAUGGCAUGUCCAAGAAUUGGCUACAGAAUUGAACAACACGGAUUGUUACAACCUCAAAGAAAGCUGGUACAGGUGAAGCUUCCAUUGCUGUCUUCUUCAGCGCGACCUUUUCUUCAGACGGCUCGAAAGCUUUGCAAGGACUCAGACAAACCCAAAGAUUGCUCCGAGGAUAAGCCAGACAACUCUACAGAGUGCUCGGCGGAUAAGGAAAACCAACCCAAAGAGUGCUCUAAGGAUAAUGAAAACAAACCGAAAGAGUGCUCUGAGAAACAAGAAAAAGAGUUGAAAGAGUGCUCUGAGGAUAAAGGAGACAAAUGUAAAGAAAGCGCUGAGGAUAAGAAAGACAACCCUGAAGAGUGCUCUGCGGAUAAUGAGAACAAGCCUGAGAAUAAAGAAAACCAAUCAAAUGAGUGCUCUGAAGAUAAAGAAAACAAACCAAAAGAGUGCUCUGAGGAUAUAGAAGAAAACCCUGAGGAUAAAGGAAGUCAAUCUAAGGAGUGCUUUGAGGAUGUGAAAGACAAACCCAAGGAGUGCUCUGAUGAUGACGACGACACACUUAAAGAAUGCCCUGGCGCUCCCAAAAUGCCAUGUUGCGAGGACUCAAAAAGUGUGUGCGUUGAUCCCUGUGAGGAGGACGAGGAAAUGGAGCAAAUUGCUGCACAUGUCGGCGGCAGAUGUGCGAAGCAUCCAUGUGCCAAGGUUAGGGAUCCCUGUGAGAUGUUUAUAAAGCAGCAUAUAGGCAGUCCAAUUAAGCCUAAGGACACCAAUCAACAGCAGCCGAUGGCCAAGUCUGAAACUAUAAAAUAAAUGAAUUGAAUGUGCUAAAUUUGCAGUAUUAAAUGUAUUUAAAUUUUCAUCUAGAUAUUUCGUAAAUUGUAAUCGAAAUUCAAUAUUAUAAAAUGAUUUCAUUAAUGCUAA